AUGGAGAUCUCUAAUGGAGGCUCUGAGGUGUGGUACAGCAAUGGGCCUGGCCUCCUCAUAUUGGACCUCACAUCUCUGAAAGUGACCAAAAGGUUGGAACCUUAUCUCGCACCGUCUUUCGUUAUCUCAAUGGCGACCAGCACAGACUGCAACGGAGAAGACACAGUUUGGUGCUUAGACGAUAAGACCAACACUUUAGUUAUGUAUCAUGCUGCUAGCUACCAACUCUGCGCUCGAUAUUUCUGCGGUGACUGUAGCCCCCUAAGGGAUAUGUUUGCUGUAAAGGCUACUUCAGACCUGGCACCAGUCUCCUUGCCAGAAAAAAACUGUGACCGGCAAUGCCAAUCCGAAGUUAGCAUCAUCUGCAGCCAAGAUCGAGGAGUGCAGCUCUUAAGCCACCAAGAUUCCCUCACCGACUAUUGUUCUGUGUCUUCAACUUCUUCUGUACCUCAAGGAGCAGCUAAGUCCUCCUCCAGCCUGCCCAGCACGCCGGUGAGUUACAACAGCACCCUCUUCUCCACAGACAGCGAGGAGCCUGAACUGUUACGGGAACAGAGGCCCAGGAUUCCUAGUGAAAGCUGGGGAACAAAAGCUCCACCUACAGAAGAGGAGAAGAUACUGAUGCAGGCGGUACGGGUCCUGGCCGUUAAGGAUUUGCUUUGGGUUCCCAGGCGGGGAGGUGACAUCAUCAUCAUAGGACUGGAGAAGGAGUGUGGAGGA